AUGGAGAUUAUGAACUUUUCACUUCUUGCACUUUUCUCGUCAGCAGAAUCUCUAUUUGUCAUUCAAAAAUGGGAACCCUUGUACCAUUUGCUCAAUGUUUCUUGUUUCCUUCUCUUCUUCAAAGCCAAAUCCUACAUAUCAACGUCUUCUUCGCCAGUCUACUUGGUGGAUUUUUCUUGUUUGAAGCCCCCAAAUUUCCUCAGAGUGCCCUUUUCAACCUUCAUUGAGCAUGUAAAAAUGCUGGAUUUUUGGGACAGUGAAAGUGUAGAUUUUAUGGCUAAAAUCUUAACUCAUUCAGGACAGGGUGAACAAACUUAUUUCCCACCAGCUUUACACUAUAUCCCACCAAAAGCAGGCCAUCAAGAAGCUAUUCAAGAAGUUCAUAUGGUACUUUUCCCAGUUCUUGAAGACCUGUUAAUCAAAACAAGUAUUUCUCCAUCCGAUAUCGAUAUACUUAUAGUAAACUGCAGUGGUUUUUGCCCAGCUCCUUCACUUUCUUCCAUUAUUAUCAACAAAUAUUGUAUGAGGGAAGAUAUAAAGAGUUACAACAUUAGUGGAAUGGGGUGCAGUGCAAGUGUACUAGCCAUUGACAUGGCUAAAAACAUCCUUAAAACACACAAAAAUUCCAAUGCCGUCAUUCUUAGCACAGAGAUCUUAUCUACCGGUUGGUAUCCUGGAAAAGACAGGGCUAAGAUAGUGCUCAACUGCAUGUUUCGUACCGGAGCUGCAGCCAUUCUAGUUACAAACAAAAAAGAAGCAAAAAGAACUGCAAAAUAUCAACUUCUUUGGAGUCUAAGAACCCUAAGGGCAUUUGAUGAAAAGGCAUAUUACUCCGCUUUUCGUGAAGAGGACUCCAAUGGAUUCACUGGCGUUACACUCAGAAGGGAGUUGCUGCAGGUUGCUGGUGAAACCCUAAGGUCCAUUAUUUCUCUUCUUGGAUUAAAAGUAUUGCCAUUUACUGAGGUAAUAUGGUAUGUCGUUUCCAUAAUUAAGAAGAAAUUCAUGAACAAGUCAACUGAAAUUUAUGUGCCGAAUUUCAAGUCUGUGAUACAACAUUUUUGCUUGCCUUCUUCCGGGAAGCCAAUUAUAAGGGAAAUUGGCAAAGGGUUGAAGCUUACUGAGAGAGAUAUGGAGCCUGCACUCAUGACACUGCAUAGAUUUGGCAAUCAAUCUUCAUCUUCAGUGUGGUAUUUUCCAUCUGCCUUGUCUAAAAGUUUAAUGUGUGUAAGAGAAUGCACGUAUUCAUUUAUUUGA